CAGCACAGUAUGCUGGGCUCUGGAUUUAAAGCUGAGCGUUUACGAGUCAAUUUGAGAUUAGUCAUAAAUCGUCUUAAACUAUUGGAGAAAAAAAAAACUGAACUGGCCCAGAAAGCAAGGAAGGAGAUAGCUGACUAUCUGGCUGCUGGGAAGGAUGAACGUGCUCGGAUUCGAGUGGAGCACAUUAUCCGGGAAGACUACCUGGUGGAGGCCAUGGAGAUCCUAGAGCUGUACUGUGACCUGCUGCUUGCUCGGUUUGGCCUCAUCCAGUCUAUGAAGGAGCUAGAUUCUGGUCUGGCUGAAUCCGUGUCUACACUGAUUUGGGCUGCUCCUCGACUCCAGUCAGAAGUGGCUGAGUUGAAAAUAGUUGCUGAUCAGCUCUGUGCCAAAUAUAGCAAGGAAUAUGGAAAGUUAUGUAGAACCAAUCAGAUCGGCACUGUGAAUGACCGGCUAAUGCACAAACUAAGUGUGGAGGCUCCACCGAAAAUCUUGGUGGAGAGAUACCUGAUUGAAAUCGCCAAGAAUUACAAUGUGCCCUAUGAGCCUGACUCUGUGGUCAUGGCAGAAGCUCCUGCUGGGGUCGAGACAGAUCUUAUUGAUGUUGGAUUCACAGAUGAUGUGAAGAAAGGUGGUCCUGGACGAGGAGGAGGAGGAGGUGGUGGCUUCACCACACCAGUUGGUGGACCUGAUGGGACAGUGCCAAUGCCCAUGCCCAUGCCCAUGCCAUCUCCCGGUUCCCCUUUCUCCUAUCCACUUCCAAAAGGACCAUCGGAUUUCAAUGGAUUGCCAAUGGGGACUUAUCAGGCCUUUCCCAAUAUUCAUCCACCUCAGAUACCAGCAACUCCCCCAUCGUAUGAAUCUGUUGAUGACAUUAAUGCUGACAAGAAUGUCUCUUCUGUACAGAUUGUUGGUCCUGGGCCCAAGCCAGAAGCCCCUGCAAAGCCUCCUUCCAGACCUGCAGAUAACUACGACAGCUUUGUACUACCAGAGUUGCCAUCUGUGCCAGACACACUACCCACUGCAUCUGCUGGUGCCAACACCUCAGCUUCUGAAGACAUUGACUUUGAUGAUCUUUCCCGGAGAUUUGAAGAGCUAAAAAAGAAAACAUAGGCUUUAACCAGGCAGCUUCCAAGUUCUGGGAGUUGGGACCGAGAGGCUUCUCCUUGUAACAAAGAAUCUCCAUGAAAUUCCGUUCCAUCUAUUAAUCAUCACUGAGCGUACUCCUCCUAUGGGCUCUCUUCCUGCUCUACCAAAUUCUGCUGCUUUCCAGUUCUCUGUUGCUCCUAAGAGACUAACGACUGAGACUUUGAGGCCAGAGCAGCUGACUCCUGGCAGCUGUGCUUGUCCAUUUCCUGUCAGUGUGACCCAGGUUCUCUCCUGGCGUAUCCCACAGUCCCUUCAGAGGAGAAUAGGGUGAAAACAUUGUGGGGAAAGCUGCCAUGGAUGGCUGGACAGUGAAGAAGAGCACUUCACAAAGUGUCUCCACCCUGUGCUGAGUGCCAGACUUAGAAACCAACCUCUCUCUAUAUAGAGGGAUCUGUGCUGAGAGAGAGUGUCAAGGCCAAAAUGGGUUUUCUUGCACUCUGAUAUGAAUAGGAGAGAGAAAAUGACUCAGGAAGCCAUUGUAAUGG